ACUCAGCUGUUGGUGGAUGAGUGCGGGACAGAAGCAAGACGGCCUAAACUCACUGACAUCGCAGUGCAGUGCGGCACUUCAUCCAUUGAUCUGGCGAUUGAAAUCUGCCCCGUCAUGUACACUGGAUACAAUGAGACUCUUCUGAUCCUGAACCACAUGUUGGACCCGGUCUGUAGAGCAACCCUCGAUGAUUCUGUGACUCCCCCUGUUGCUCGCUUUAGCUUCCCUCUAAAUAUGACCCAUGCUUGUGGAAGCAUAUUCAGGACUACCAGUGCUGCAGGGACCGGUGUAUUCUCCGACUUCUCUAACAUCCAGAGGGUCAACAUCAGCGGUGUGGUUCGAAGCACCGAUCCAACAAAAGGCAUGAUCACGUACAACGCUGAGCUAAAGUACUUCUACUCCUGCGCCUACCCGUUAGAAUAUCUGGUCAAUAACACCCAGAUAGAUGUGUCGUCUUCCUCCAUUGCAAUCAAGGACAACAAUGGGAGUUUCGUCAGCACCUUGAGCAUGGAACUGUUCAGCGACACCAACUAUACUCAACCGUUGGUCAUUCCCGAGCUGGGCCUUGAACUGCGGACCAGUGUGUUUGUCGAAGUCAAGGCCACCAACUUGACAGGACAGUACCAUGUCCUGCUGGACCAGUGCUAUGCCUCCAUCUCCCGCCUGCCUUCAAACUCCAGCACAUUUAACCUGUUUGUCCCAUGUUCAAAGGAUAGGUUCACCACCAUGAUGGAGAACGGGGAAAGCCAGAGUGCCCGCUUUCGCUUCCCAGCCUUCCGCUUCAUCGAGCAACAGAACGAGACGGUGUCCACCUACUACCUCCACUGCAUCACCCGUCUGUGUGAAAAAAGCACUUGCAGCACCUUCUUGCAGUGCAACAACAGAAGGAAGAGGAACACCCUGUUUACUUCUGAUGAGGGCAUAACUAAGACGUACACCAUCUCUUCUUCGGAAAUCAUUACCAAAGGUGACAGCAACGAGUCCAAAGAGAAGCCCCUUAUCGGCGAAGAAGAGAAAGACGAGGCUGCCGUCGGGCUUGGUGCUGCUGUUGGCGUUCUUGCUUUUGUUUGCCUGAUUAGCCUUUGUGUUGCAGCUGUGUUUUACAAAAGGCUCAAGUACUAG